AUGUUGUUGACCACGACCCGAUGUGUGGUUAGCCGCCGACCUUUGUUCACUCACACCCGGUCCAUCGUCGUGCAACUGGUCCAUCCGGUUCCGCCAUUGUUUCCCACUCUACCUUUCCAGGCUGGUCCAGUGCUAGAUUGGUCCAGUGCUUGCAGGCUGCGAGACGAGACUGGCGUGGGGUUGUCGAUGGUUCUUGAUUUGAGCUCCUCCUCGUUCAGCGAUGGCGUUCUUCAGUUUGCUGCUUCCUUUUUCAGUACGUCAAACAUGAAUUCACACGUUCAAAAACGAGGUCCGCAGGAAGGUUGA